GAGGCGGUGCCUACUCUUAUGAAAAUAUCGGCUUAGUGGCAUUCAUUGAUGAGUUGGCCCAAGAGAUGAAGGCAUUUACUGCAGUUUGGAUUGCGUUUUUCACAUUUUUAACUCUUUUAAUUGGCUACAAUGAAGGCGGCACACCAGGUCACAAGCUCUGUGCCAACCCUGACUGCUCAGAGCCCAUUUCAAGGGCCAAGACUCUUCUUCGCUAUGUCUCCGUCGACAAGGAUCGAGUCUCAUUCAAACCAGGAAUGGACGUAGACGUUUUCAUUAAACGUGGGGACACCUGGGGCAUCAAGGUGGGGGACAGGUUUGGUUUUGCACCAGCAACAUUUUUGAAAGAAUUCAAAAUUUUAGUCUCAUCCAAAAGUCUGUACAACAUACCAGAAAAUGAAGCUGUUGAACCUGGAACCCCAGAACCUGUCAAGAUCGAAACGACAAAGAGAGACUCUGUUGAUGCGGCAGUCGAAAAAACAGAAGAGAUUCCUGCAAGUGUUGGAUCCCUCCUAAACUUUCCCUCAGUGGCUGCUGCAGAGAAUGUAGAGGUCCAGCAAGGUUCUCUUCCUACACCAUCAUCUCCACAGUAUGAAAUGGUUGACGGCACUACAAUUUGGUUCGACCCUGUUCCAGCAACUCAGCCAAACAUACCUUAUACCUCGGGGAAAAAUGAAGCUGAACCUCAAUCUGCUGAGAAUGUAUCCGAAGCUGUGCCAGAUACCCUUCUAAACCCUGUUGUCUCUCCUGACCAGUCAGCAGAGGCUGUCAGUGAACCAUCCUCGGCCCCCUCUCCGAUCAUACCUCAGAAUACUGAAGUUAAGAUUGAUCCGCCUCCUACUGAAGUGCCUGUGACUCCCAUUCCUGAAGAUAACUCUGGCACACCACCUUCCUUUGCUGAUGGUCCUCCUGAGGCUCCUCUACAAGAAACUUCAACAGAGGCCACAACCGAGCCUUCCCAGGAGGUUACUACUGAGACUUCUUUAGAUGUAUCUGCAGAGGCUGUUACAACUGAAGCAACCCCAGCCGGAGUAACAGAAGCUGUGAAUGAAACACCUGAGACCAUUACUGAAGGGCAGACUAUUGAACCCACUGAGGCUAGUAUCAUGACGAAUAUUUGGAACACAAUGUUCAAUAGCGGUGAUGGCACUGAAGAAAAUAGCCAAGAAAAUGAUGGAGAGGAUCCAGAGGAGGAUGAUGGGGAGGAGGAGGGGGACGAUGAGGAUGGUGCUGAUGAUGACGAAGCGGAUGUGGAGGAGAAUUCGACUGAGCCAUCCACCCCAAUCCCUCAAUCAUCUGAUGCUGGUGCUGCUGCUACUGUUGAGUCAACAUCUGUUCCACCGGCAAGCGGAGAGGAUGUUGUCAAAAAUGUAGUGGUUGAAAAUAUACCCGUGUCAACCACUGCGUCCCCUGAGGAGCUUGCGGCUUCAUUCCCACAAGCACAGGUUGAAAACCUUGAUGAUGGAACUCGUAUUCCUCGUCAGACAGAAUCUUUUAGCGGGGAAGUGACCGUGGAACAAGAGAAAGGUGGUGCUCAAGUUAGUGGAGAGGAGGUAGAGACUGCCUCUUCUGAAAAUGUGCUUGAUCAGGACCAAGUUUCAGGAAGUGUUGGCAGCAUAACACAAGACGCACAGCAAGCUGACGAAAGAGAGAAAAAGCGUGCGCUAGAAGAAGAGCAGAAGAGAAAGGAGGAUGAAAUUUUAAGACAGCAGGAAGAAGAAAAGAAACAGCAACAGGAGUUGGAAAAUCAACGCCAGCAAGAGGAAGAGGCCAAACGACAACAGGAAGAAGAAGCUAAAAGGUUGCAUGAAGAAGAGGAAGCCAAACGGCAGUUAGAGGAACAGAUGAAACGGCAGCAAGAGGAAGAAGCCAUGCGUCAACAAGAGGAAGAAGUCAAGCGUCAACAAGAGGAAGAAAUCAAGCGUCAACAAGAGGAAGAAAUCAAGCGUCAACAAGAGGAAGCAAUUAAGCGUCAACAAGAAGAAGAAGCCAAGCGCCAGCAAGAAGAGGUUGCUCGAAUGCAAGCUUUAGAAGAGGAAAAUCAAAAAUCUCUUGCAGCCGAACAAGAGCUUAGACGUCAAAAUGAGGAAAUCCAACGACUCCAAGAAGAGGAAAUGAUGAGGCAAAGAGAUGAAGCUCAUCAGAAGCAAAUUCAGGAAGCCUUAGAACGAGAGAACGAAAAGAAUAAACUUAUUGAAGAGACUUCACAGUCUACAGUUGGAAGCAUGCUAAAUGAGUCCAUAUCUGAGUCUGAAACGUCAAAUACAGAACCUGCAUCUCCGAGCGUAGAGCCGGAAACUCCUUCUGCGGGUAUGUUCUCUUGGUUUGGUGGAAUGUUUGGAAGCAGUGCUGAUACUGAAAAUACUGAACCUGAGACUAGCAAUCAAGAACCUCAGCCACAAGAUUCACAAGCACAGCAUGAAGCCCACCCAACCAUGGUUCCCUCACCAGAAUCUCACCACCACCAUGACCACCUCCAUGAACAUCCUCCUGUUUGGAGCUCAGAACAACAGACUAUGUGCUCUGCUGAUGGAGGCUGUGAAAUGGCAGCACCUGAGGUUGAGGAGGCAGGGGGACUCUUUGGUAUUCAGACUCCCUCCCUGGAUGUAAUUUUGCUGCGUUUGGCAGCUACUGCUUUGGCUCUCUUUAUGGGAGCUGUGUCAUUUUACUUCCUCAGAAAAAAGCAUGUAGAUUCAAUUUUGGUUGCCAAAAUCAAUGAGUUGGAAAAGCAGUUACUUGUUGCUUCUAAAGAAGCUGUUAUCCUCCGUGAGGAGCAGGUAACUGUUAACUCGAGUGUGAAUGAUGAAGAGGUGAAUUCUUUACGUGAGGAACUAGAGUCAAGUCGUCUAGUCAGAGCUGACCUCGAAGAGCAGGUUUCCACACUUGAACGGGAGUUAGAGGAAGCGACCGAAACAGGCAUUGAGUUGAACAAACUCCUUUCCGAAACUCUAGAAGCAAGCAAGGGGAAGGCUCAUGCAGGUUUAGCUGCCAGUGUGGAGCGUCUUCAACAACAACUUGACAGUCAGAAGGACAAGGUUGACAGCCUGACUCGCAGUCUUAAGUCAACAAGUGGAGAGAAUGAAAAUUUGAAAUCAUUGGUUGUUGAAAGCAAGGAGAGAAUUUCAGCUCUAGAGGCAGAGCUUACUGCCGCUGCUGAGAUUGCCAAUAAUAUCAGAAGGGAGAAAGAGGAGGCCAAUGUGUUGUUAGCCCAGGAGCUGCAGCAAGUGCAGUCAAGAUUGGAGGAGGCUCUCUCCUCAAAAGUUUUGGAAGAAUCUCGUCUGGGAUCAGAAUUAUCUGCCCUUAAGCUUAAACAUGAGACUCUGCGAUCUUCUCUUUCAAUGAAAGAUGCUGAAGUGAAGGCGCUUCAGGAUACAUUAAAACAGCUGGAAUCAGGAGGAGGAAACCAGCUUUUGGACAUAACCAAGGUGAAGGCUGAAAUUGAACACACCAAGUCUGAAAGAGAUUUGUUCUUGGCAAAGUAUGAGGAAGAAGAAAAGGGCAGAAAAGACCUUGAAGUGCGCUUGGACAAAAUUACGGAAACAUUGAAAAUUCUUGAAGAAAAAGCGGAUGUUGCGGAUAAAGGCAGAGAAGAGGCAGAAACUCGAUUGGCUGUUCUUUCCAAUUACUUUAAAGAAAAGGAGGAACAACUUCAGAAGGAACUUGGCCUGAAAGAAGCCAUUGUUGCCCAACACCGAGGUGAUGAGAGUACUGUUGUCAAACAUUUGCAAUUACUGCAGGAAGAAGUUAACACCUACAAGGCACAGAAUGAAUCGUUAAAGCAAGAAAUCCUGGAUCAAGAGAGAGAUUUCAAGGGACAAAUUGCCACAUUGGAAAAGAAGGCCCAUGAUAAUUGGAUGACAGCUCGGCAAGCAGAACGCAGACUAGAAGACUCCAGGCAAGAAGCUGCCCAACUCCGUAACCGAUUAACUAUUGUGGAGAAGAGCAAUGCUGAUCCAAACACUAGGUUGGAUGCAAACGGGGAUGGAGGAGUUGCCUCUCCAGUGAUGAUGAUGCCCUUGCCCCCACUCGGGGACAUGGAGACCCCACCCCCACUGCCCCCCUUCAUGUUUUCGCCCCCGCCCUAUCCGCCCCCCUUCAUGCCGCCCCCGCUGCCGCCUCACCCCAUGGGACGGCCUCCACCACUGGGGAGGAUGUCAUCCCCCCCUCCCCCUCUAGGCCAAUUUUCCCCCCCUCCUCCCCCUUACGAUCGGUUGGACAGGUUGGACCGGUCAAGUAGAUCUAGAUCCCCUUCACCUCCCCCUCAUCAUAGGUACCACCAUCGAAGCCCCCCUCCUCCACAGCAGUGGGACGCUCCACCAUCAAGUUUUAGACCCGUCCCCAAGCCCUCUCCUAAGAAGCCUAGUGACCAGCGGGAUCAUAAAGGUCCCAUGCAUACCUCAGGACAUAUGAAUGAUUCAACAGAUAAAUCAAGAGAGCAUGUUUAGUUUGACAAACCUGUAAUGCUAGUUAAUUUAUCGAUUUUAUGCUGUGAGUCCUAAUAGAGAGUAAGACUUCUGGUCUUUGUUGAAGUGGAGUUUGUGUUAAUUCUUAUUCUUGCCUUGUGUCUGAAAAUCUUUUGUUUUAUACUUUUCAACGGAGCUAUUUCCAUCUAUUAUCUGUGAUUGUUCAUGUACACGAGUACACAUUCUGUUGCUGUUUGUGCAUUUCACUGAUUGCUACUGUAGAACUGAAGAUUCAGUAUACUGGCAAGUAAUUGUGCAAUAAAUCUUCUUUUGACAGUUGCAAAACUGUAUUUUUGUUAGGGUGUAGAUGUUGAAGUAUUUUACCUUCCAUGCAAGUCAGUUUUUGUUAGAUGUUGUAAUUUUAUAAUUUUAAGUAAAUGAGUAAGUACAGUCAUAAACUGUCACUUAGAUUUUAUAAGAUCUUAUAAAUUUCUUUGGAUUUCCAAUCCUAUAUUUUUAACUGGUCACACUCCUUUCAGAAGAAGAACUGUGGGCCUGUUUCUACAUGUGAUGAGUAUAUUUUCCGAUUAACUGCAAGGCAACCAGUGUUGAAUUUAAUUCAGCUUUCUCAUGGUUUGUUGAAGAAUGAAAUCCUACAAUGUAAUUGAUCCUUGUUGUUCAUGCAAACGUACUUAUUUGAACUUAAAAGGGAGGAAAAGCAAACAACUGAUGAUUUCUCAGAUGAUGACUUUUUUACUUCAGAAUAUGAAAUUGUUUUGUAAACUUGGAAUGGCCUCAGUAUGUGAUGGUUAUAUUGAAAAUGCCAUGCUUUGAUUGUACUCUAGUCCAAAUUGUACUGUCAUUGCAUAAUGUACAGAAUUUUGACAGGGUAAAUGUAUAUUUUGUAUAUGCUUUGAUAAUCAAACCCUCAGCUUUUUAAUAGAGAAAGUAUGUACUUCCUAAUCAUUGAAGUUAAAAUUCUAUUUAUGAAAUAUUUCAAAUUAAAAGUUUUUUUUUUCUUUUAAGGCAAUUCCUAUUUUAUCUUAAAUUGGUAUUUUUGGUGCUUUUACCAAGUUAUAUAAAUUUUUAAUUGUACUCUUUAUGAUAGGCUCAUUUGGAGUUCUUCCUUGAGUUCCUGAUUGAUCAUCAGCCUCAACCUUGAACCAAAAGUUGAUGAAAUGAAGACUGUUUUUGUGUUCAUUUUUGAGAUUGCAGUCUGAAAGGGUGGAGUGAAUAUACACAGUACCAUUGUGAUACCGUGCUUGAGAAGAGGAAGGAAUGUUGUAAGACUCACAAGAAGUAUGUUUACUGUAAAUGUGACUUUGUGCAACCUAAUAAAAAAAAAUUGCCUUCCGUGUUUUUUGGAACAUACUGUUAAAACCAAGUCUAGAGAGAUUGAUUGUAUUGUGUCGAAGAAGUGGAAGCCCUCAUGUAGCCAGUUUUGCUCUUUGAUUUCAAUAUGAAGAAUACACAUGAAAACAAACCAGA